UCCAACAUGGUUGACGUGUUCCAAUACAAAUUCGACACGUGAGUUUGUUUUCACUUUUCAAUGACUUUACAUCAUACGAAUUUUUCAGAGAGAAACAGAAGAAGAAGAAAAUUUAUAGAACAUAGGAAAUCAAAACAUAAAAGUUACUGAAGAUUGAUAUAUCUUGAAAUAAGAACCAUGUCUAGAGGCAGAAACACUGGUUGCCCCAAGAUGGUUGCACCUGCAGGUUUGGCCUUGUGUCUGUUAAUGUUCUGCAUUUCAUCUGUCAGCUUAGAUGCUGUCGAUCAAGACCAGAAUAAUGCUCUAGUGGCAGUCGAAGUGGAAGAUGAGGAUAAUGCAGAUGCACAGGAAUCUGUUCAGAUAGGAGAUGGUGAAGAUGAGGUAGAUGUCUUUUAUCCAACAAAAGAAUGGAAGACUAUAGGAGAUGGUCAGGCUAUUCCAAAAGGGCUCCAUGUCCGCAUGAACCUUCAGACAGGUCACAAAGAGGCCAAACUAAUGGAUGGAGAUAGUGGCAUCAAGUACUGGCAGCAGGGGGACAAGAGAGGUAUGGUGAACACUGACCGUAAGCAGUUUACAGCAGAGGAAUUAAAGAGGGCUCUUAAAGAGUUCAAGGCCACACAAGAUGAUGUUAGGGAUGACAAGAUUAAACAAGAGAGUUUGAAAAAGAAGUUUAAGAGUUAUGAAGAACUCAAAGAAGAUAUGGCAAAAUUUAAUAUGAAUGUGAAAACAGACCAAGAAAUUAUCACAGAAUUGUUUGAGGAACUUAAAGAGAAAAAACUAGACAAUGAAAGACAGAUGACUAUUUUGACCGACUUGGAAUAUUAUGUUCACCAGAUGGACAAUGCCCAGCAUUUUGCAGGAAUUGGUGGAUUAGAUGUAUGUGUUAAGUUGCUAAAUCACUCCAACAUUGAUAUCCGGGGAGAGGCUGCGUUGGUUCUAGGCUCUGCUAUGCAGGGUAAUCCAAAAGUGCAAAUAGCUGCUAUGGAGGUUGGUGCAGUGCCGCGUCUGAUCCGUGUGUUGUCUACAGAAUCAUCAUCCUCAGUACAGAGGAGGCUGUUGUACGCCAUGGCCACCCUUUUGCGCCAAUUCCCUUAUGCACAGCAGAAGUUUCUAGAGCAUGGAGGGUUAAAUGUACUGAAACAGCUGUUCCAACAUCCAGACAACUUCAAACUUCAAGUGAAGGCAAUCACAUUAUUAAAUGACUUGCUCACAGAAAGGAAUCUGGCAGAGAGGCAUUUAGACAAAAAGAAUGUCCAUCACCAGGAAAAAAUACAGCAAUAUUUAAAUGCUCCCCUGCUCCAAAGCCUGCUGGACCAGGGCUGGUGUGAGUUGAUCCCCAGGCUGCUGGACACACCUGACCACGACACCAGGGAGAAAAUACUGAAUGCAAUGCACACCUUGCAGUCCUCUUGUAUGGGCAGUUUUAAAAUGGCUAGAAAAACUUUGGACCAGUUAAAGACUGAAUAUGAUGCUUUAUCUCUACAAGAGAGACAAGAUGAAGAAGAGGAUUUGUAUUUUAGUAAAAUGUCUAAAACGAUUAACCAGUUGAUCUCACAGAUGUCAAGUGGCCAAAAAGAUGAAUUGUGAUUUGUUGACCCUCGGCUGCCACUGCCCUCUAGAGGCUGAGUGAUGAUGAAAAAUGCUUUAAUGUGAUGAAGUUUAUUUUUUGUUAAUAUUUAUAAUAAAUAUACUUUUAUGUGGAUAAUAUCCUGCUUGAUAGCAAUUCUAAUUCAUUUCAACUUUGUUGCCACUAUUUACAUCAUAAUUUUAUCAUAAUUAUAAAUCUACUUUAGCAAAAGAGAAAGAACAUAUUUUAGUAGGCAGGACAGCACAAUUUUGUCCAUAUUAUAAUUCCUGAGAAUUAUUUAUAAUUUACUUUAAAAAUCCUAUAAAAAUUUCAGUUUGUUUUAUUAAUAUUGAGGUGUUUAAACUUCAUACAUCCCUUACUUGUCAGAAGUAAGGUGGAUCACUGAACAAAAAAGGCAAACAAGCAAAGCAAAGUCAUAGUAUAAAUAAAUAUUUAUUUUUACAGUGC